AUGUUAUGGUAUAUAAUUUCAUAUCCAUUUAAUUGGGUAUACGAUCAAUUAGAAUAUCUUUUUUAUGUAUACAUACUUCCUAUGUAUACAGGGUUACCAACCGCAAACGGUUGGAAUCCAAAAUACGUAAGAAAAGAAUUAAUUUUAAUAUGGGAUCCGACAUCUCCUAUUAACAUUUCAUAUAAAGAUUUUAUUAAUUCUUACAAUGAUGAAUUAAAAGAAGUAGGUUUUGAAGUUACCAAAGGAGGUCAUUUGAGAAGGAUAGUGAGUCCACAAAUGUAUUAUGCAAAUCCAGAACAAUCAUUAAAGUGGGGGGAUAAUGCUUUGAAGUGGUAUUUAAGAGAAAUAGAAUUGGGUCUUGAAGAGUAUAGAAAAGAACUUACACUAGAUCCUUUUGGUUGUACUCGAUAUGUAGGUACUAUUAGGUUAUUUGGACGUGUUAUAUUGUCCUAUAACAUACAAUCUAGGGCAUUCUUAUUUAGAACAUAUGAAAUUGAUGUAAUAGAUAUUUUAUUAUCAAUUAUAGUAAUUUUAUUUUUUUUAAUCAUAUAUAUAGUUUUUUACCAUUUAAAAAAACUUACAUUAAAAAAUAAAGUAUUACUACAUUUUAUGUUAACUGGAAUGAAUGAGGAAGACUAUUAUUAUGAUGCGCGUACAUUAAAGGAAAUGAAAGAAAAAGAGAGGGAAGAAAUAAUAGCAAAGAGAAAAUAUGCAUUAGAAAAAAUUAAUCAGUAUAAUAAUAGUAUUUCGGCAAAUGAGAUGAAUGAAGCAUGGAGAGAAGGACGUACAGUUUCUCCUAAGUUUUAUACAGGUAUAGAAAUAGAUUAUUGUUUUUAUGAGUUUUCAUGUAUUAGUUCUGAAUUGUGUAUCAUUAUGUUUAUUUAUUUAUUACUAGAAAAAGCAUAUGCACUUUUUCAUUACUAUAUAUAUACUUUUUAUAUUCUAAAUAUGGAGUUAUUUACAUAUGUAUUUGUAUAUUUAUUUGGUUUCUUAUCAGUUUUUUUUUGGUUCAGGUUAAAAAAAGAAAAACGUCAAGCUACUCAUAGAUGGGUAGAAGUAGAUCAUUAUGUUAGUCACUUUUUAAAUCAUUUUUUCAGAACAUUAUGUUGGUUGAAUUUAUAUAAAUUAGUCUGUGGUGUAAGUAUUUGUUGGUAUGUUUUUUUUUAUAUUUUAGCGAUGUUAUGGAUAUAUUUUGGAAAUGACUCGUGUGAUUAUUUUAUGGGUUGGAAUCAGGAUUACAGGAUUGAUAUUUAUUAUAAUCAAACUAGAUUUCAUAUGUGGUGGCCUCGUUCUUUGAUGAACCAGACAUGGCAUCAUUUUUAUAUAACGUUGAUGAAACCUAUACAUACACUGCUUCUUUAUAUUUUAUUGUAUAUUACUUUACCUUUUAUUGCUAUUUUUUUAAAAUGGGUUUAUUAUCAAAAUAAAAUUCAUGUCUAUAUAAAUAAUAAGUUUUUUUUUUGGAAUUCUAAAAAAUAUACAAUAGAUGAAAUAAAAGAACAAUGGAAGAAAGAUAGGAUUAUUAAUUAUAUUAAAGAAGAAGAAGCGAAGCGUAAUAAAGAGAAAAAAAUUACGUUUUCAUAA